UAGCCCUAUCAGAUUCCUCAGCGCUGUACGUAGAGUAGACAGGACAUAAGAAUUAGUAUAUAACAUAAGAAGAUGACAUACAGAAAUAGCAAGCUGACAAAAUGACUGAGCAGCCAGAGGCGUCCACGGAUCAUGGCAGCCGGAAUUCCACCCUGGACCGAUGUCUGGAGGUCCUGAAGGGAGCAAAAACUGACAGCGAACAGUUUGCGGCGCUACUUUUGGUCACCAAGUGUGCCCGAGCUGGAGAACUGGAUGAUGAGGCAAGACAUAGGAUUUUUGACGCUGUUGGCUUCUCGUUCCCAAAUCGUCUUCUUUUUUCGAAGUCCACUCCUGAUGGAUGCCCAACCCACUUAUUUCGGGGUCUGGGAGUAACACUGCUGGCUUGCUUCUGUACCGUCCCCUCUCUAGCCACUCAUCCGCAGGUCCUCAACAAGAUCCCCAUCUUCAAUGAAACAGUGGCUACACCAUGCCAAAAGGAUGACAAAGAUUUGGCUUCCAUGGUAGAGGAUGCCUAUCAGUGUCUUGCUGGUAUUUUGGCUUCUCCACAGGGGGCAAAACACCUUGUAUCUGCUGAUACUGUAUCAUCCUUGUGCCAGGCCUACAUGAAUCACAAUCAUUGCGGUGAACAAGCAUUUCAGAUUCUAACCUCUCUGCUCACCUCCAUGCCAGCCAAAUGUUGGAAAAAAAGCCGCUCAGACCUUCGGCUCCUUUUAACAAAAGUCACUCUGGAGUUUAGUCAGGUGGAAGACAGUCGUAAAUUCCAGCUAGCUGAGGUUCUUCCUACCUUUCUCCCCACUUCACCUAUUUUGUCAGAGACUACUUGGGGCAAGGAGUGUCUGAAGUAUCUAUGCAACGGUUUGUUUAAGAUCCUGGGCAGUAAACUUAGCGUUACACAGCGUGAUCCAGCUUUGAAAUUAGGGGCCUGUCUUGCACAUACCUAUGGCUCGUCUUGGAUAUUGGCAGAGACCAAGGCUGAAAGAGCAAAAUGCUUGGCUCUGCUGGUGAACUUGGCCUGUGUGGAAGUGAGGAUGGCUCUGGAAGAUGCCGAACCCCUGGAUUCAAGACAGACUUUUGUGACUGCAUGUUAUUCCAUCAUUGAAAUGGGCGUACAAGAGUGUAUCAAGGAAGAGGAAAGGCCUUUAUUAAGUGAGGAGCAGAAACUGCAGCUCACCAGAGUCAUGCAAGAGGCCUGUGGUUCAGUCAUGCACUAUUUACAACUGAAAGGAUGGGAAAAAAUGGAUGAUCCGUUCACGCUGGCUUCUGUGCGUAUGCUGGGCGCAUGGCUGGCUGAGGAAACCUCCUGCUUGAAAAAGGAAGUCCUAAACCUGCUGCCUUUCCUGCUGCAUUAUAUGAGGACCUGCUACCAACGAGGUGUGGCCUGUAGGAGUUUGCCAAAAGAGGUCUCCCAGGUCGCGAUGUUAAGUAGCAAGUGGGGAGCCGUAUGGCCUGGAGACCCGAUAAGGUUUUUGCUUCCUGGCUUAUGCCACCUAAGUGCCGAGGAGGCUCCGCGCAGAGUACUGAUCUCUGAAGGGGCUCCUGCCUUGCUCUGUGACUACUUCCUGCAGCAAUGGGAGGUCUUCUCCGGAGUAGAGAACGAGUGUGCAGAGAACCGGACUGUAGCUGAGUUGAGUCUCCAGAGCUGCUGCGGUGUGUUCCUCAAUCUGGUGGUAACCGAGCCAACACUUAUUGGACAGGAAUCCUGCUUUGCAACCCUGAUGACACAUCUCAUGCACUGUCUCCCUGGUCUGUUACCAAGAAAAGGUCAUUUGGUCCUGGCAGCCAAUAUUGUCACUCUGGGUGUGAUGAUGGGCCGAUUACUAGCAGAGACUCCAGUUUUGCAGGAAAAUCUGUCACAGGAUUUUUUUUCAAGUGUCAUUCAGUUCCUCAGUUGUUGCCAUGUGACCUCCAGUUCCCCAGACUCUAGCAAGCCUAACAUGUCGCUGUCGGAUGAUUAUGCCGAUGUAUGGGAGGAGAUCUCUGAACUGUGGUUCCUGGGUGUACAAGCCUUCGCCAGCUGUGUCCCUUUGCUGCCAUGGCUGUCUUCCCUAGUGCUGAAGUCUGGCUGGCUUCAGGCCAUACUCAACAUCUUUGAGAAAGUCUCCCCAUCAUCUGUUAGUUCUGACAUGGUAACUGUGCUGCAGCCCCUUCUUGUAGAGCUCUCCCAAAACAGCCCUGCCUGUAGAGAGCUCGUACUACAGCAAGAAGGCAUCGGGCUGGCUAACUUAUAUGGAAUGGCUGCUCUAGAACAGAGUUUGUCAGAAACCUUGACAACAAAACAUUCUGGAUAGAGGAGUCUGGUGCAGUUUGAUAGACAGAAGGGAGAAAACAUGGUGGGUGCCCAAAUACAGCGAGAAGCACUUAAAGCCUAACUGCAGUAGAGUUCAUAUUUUCUUUAAUGUAAUAACAAGGAUAUCGUGCUUGUGGCUUGUCUAGAGCUAAUCCUGUUUAGAA